AGCAAGCAUCAUCAGAAACGUAUGAGGCAACUUGUUGCAAGCAUCUGAUCUGAUGGCGGCACCAAAAGUCACGUUUUCUUUGGUACGUAACCGGCAAGAGGAGCGAAAAGCGAAAAGCACCACUCAACAAGCUGAAACGACUCCCGGGCGCUUGAAACUCCCUUUGCGUGCCCCCUGGCUGCCCAGCCAAAACACACGCACAUCUCAUGUCCAAUGGUCACCUGAAGACGUGUUUCCUCGGUGGAGACAAAGUGCUCCAAGAUUUCUCAUCUCCUGCUCGUCGCCUCCAAUGAUGUUCCCCGCGUCCGACAGGUCGAUGCGCGUCAUGGCCCAACUUGCAACGCGGACCUAGUGGUGUCCUUGCCUAAGCGGAAACCGUCGACUCGCCCUUCGGCGAUAAUUCUCUACAACGCAAUGUGUUUCCAGUCGAACAAUAUGGCACAGGAGCCGCAGACGUGCGCGUCCCUGCCCGCCGCCCGGCCCCAUGUAACGAAUGGCUUUCGGAUGUUUGCUUUGCCUGGGGUCAACCUGAUCGAGUGAAGAUACUAAUGCUUGCGAAGCCCAGAGCCUCGACGAAGCUUCUUUUGUUCUUCAUCCUAUCCUCUCUUCCCCCCCCUUCCUCUCGUCUUAUUCCCAUUCCAUUCUUAACUUCACUUUCGUUGUGCGGCCAGUUCGCCACAUUUCUUUCUUUGUGGGAUCUGUUCUUUCAUUUCUUGCUUAGCCUUGCAUUCGGUCAACGGCAUUGUAUAUUUGGGAUAAACCCAUUGAGGGCAGCACCAAGGCAUAUCAGACGCCUGUAACUUUGAUAUCCUUCGUCCCUCCCUCCCUGUAUAGUCUUUGGGUUCUUUUGCUGCCGGCCAGCUUCAUUAUCACUCUUCUCGACCUCCUCUCAAAUUUCCCUCAACCAUGCAUUCUUUAAGAACCGUCCUCUUUCUCGUCUCGCUUUUCGCGGCUGUCGCGCUCAGUGCGCCCGCGCCCGCGCGGACGCUGAACAAGCGCUCCUUCACCCAUUAUGUGAAGCGUUCCAUCAACAGGAGAGACCCUACCGCCGGCCCAAGGGCUAUGGCUGCGGCGUACAGAAAGUUCGGCUUCUCCAUGCCAGCGCGUGCUGCCAAUACGACCGCGAGUAGCAACGCCACCGGUUCUGGCACUGGAACCGUUCAAGCUGUACCGGAAGCAAAUGCUGCGGAAUAUCUCUCUCCAGUCAACAUCGGCGGACAAACUGUUACCCUCGACUUCGACACAGGUUCCUCUGAUCUAUGGGUGUUCAGCACUGCUCUGUCGCAGCGAACAAUUGGCCAGCAUACUGCUUUCGAUCCAAACAAGUCCCAGACAUUCAAGUUGCUCCAGGGCUCGACCUGGCAAAUUUCUUACGGCGAUGGCUCCGGUGCCGCCGGUAUCGUUGGCACCGACACAGUCAACAUUGGCGGCGCAACCGCCACUAGCCAGGCUGUUGAACUCGCUACCGCUGUCUCUCAAUCCUUUGUACAGGACACCCAAAACGACGGCCUCGUCGGUCUCGCCUUUUCAAAACUCAACACCGUCAAGCCCACUCAGCAGACCACUUUCUUUGACACGGUCAUGCCGCAAUUAGCCAUGCCGGUCUUCUCUGUCGACUUGAGAAACGACUCUACAGGUAGCUACACAUUCGGUGCUAUUGACCAGACCAAGUUCCAAGGCCAGCUCACCACCGUCCCUGUGAAUUCUUCGUCGGGCUUCUGGCAGGUCACCUCUCCAGCUGUCAUGAUUGGCAACCAGAAGGUCACCAACCCCAACGCCUCUCCUGCUAUUGCUGACACCGGUACUUCUCUCCUCCUCGUUGACGACGCCGUCGCCAACGCCUACUACUCCAAGGUCCAGGGCGCCACGAACGAUGCGACUGUUGGUGGUUUCACCUACCCUUGCAACGCCGCGCUCCCGGACUUUGGUGUCAACAUCGGACCCAACUACAUGGCUGUCGUUCCCGGCUCCGGCAUCACCUUCGCCCAGGUCGACGCUAACACGUGCUUCGGCGGCGUCCAGAGUAACGGCGGCUCCAACCUUCAGAUUUACGGCGACGUCAUGUUCAGGAGCCAGUACGUCGUGUUCGAUGGCCAGAACAAGGCAUUGAUGAUUGCGCCCAAGGCAUAGAGUUGCGCGCCUUACGUUGAAACGUUGCAUGGGCGAAAGCAAGUCAGGAUCGGGUCGCCGUUCGGAUCUCCCGUUACAUUAAAAACCUAGAUCACAUAGUGAUGAAUAGAAAUGCCACGAUAGGAUCAUUUAAAAAAAAA